AUGAACAGGAUAACUCUGUACGACUUUAUAUUAGAUGAAGUUAGGGGGGGGAGGUACUAUGACUCGUACCUGAGUGACGGGGAAAACGCCGAGGGAGGGGUGGAACGGAAGGGCAAAAAAAAUUUAAAUGAAGGGAAUGCUGCAGUAAAAGGGGCAACGAAAGAGCCCAACACUGGUCAAACAAAUAACCCCGGAAAGGAUGACCGCCAAUACGAUUUUUACAAAUUUUUGGACACCUUUUUUAAGACAGACUCCAUACCAGAAAAUGCACUUGAACACAUGUUGAACGUGCCAUACUUCCUGGAGAAAAUUAUGAGCUUUUCUUUUCUCCUCUGCUUAGAUAAUAUCCUUUACGACAUUACGUUUAUGCCUGUACAAGUAAUACGCUCUCUGUCCAUUUUGCUAUACACAUUUCUCAAGAAUACUGGUCAUAAUUUUCUGCGUCAUUUUUGCAAUAUAAAAAAUUUUAAAUUUUAUAAAUAUGCAACAACGUAUAAUCAUAAGGAUUUAAAAAAAUACAAAGCGAGGAUGAUUAAAAGUUCAAAUAAAUUUUCUCCAAAUGAAAGAAGAAAAAGAAUAGUGUUGAAAAAAAAUAAAAGUAUGGAAAUUGAUAAUUCGUCAGGGAAAAAAAAUUCAAUUGAAUGUUCAUUCAUUUUGAAAAAUAAUUCUUCGAAGAAUUCCUUUUUUGGACAUCAUCGUGUAAACUGUUUAUCCUACAACGUCAAUUACUCCAACUCAGAUGAAGUCAGUUUCGAGGGAGUAAAAAGCAUGUCGGAGAAUAACUCCAUCGACACGAAUGUUGUGUUGAGUAAAUUAAGAAGUUUAAAAAAAUUGACUAGCAGCACGGACCCGGGCGCCAGCUGUGAUAAGGGUGCCAUCCAUCUCUGCAGUACGCAUGGUGCCUCAUGCACAAAGCACGACAGUUGUGAGAACCACCCAUGCUGUGCGGACUGUCCGAUUGGAAGCUCCGGCGAAUACACAAAUGGGAGACCACUUCAAAAUGGCGACUCCAUCACAGGUGUGAAAAAAGACGACGCCGACCAAUUGAGGGACGCCUAUCUUGAGAGGAGAAAAAGGAGAGCCCAGAUAAAAUAUAACAAGAGAAUGCUACAAAUACUUAAUAAAAAGUCGAUAGAAAAAAAUUCCCAUCGAAGGAGAAAGACAAAUCGCCUAUCCUAUCUCCUUCUAUUUGAACCUCUCGCAUUUGCGAAAAGGAACAUAUGCCAUCUUUUAAAAAAUUCAGCCCAGACUGUGUAUGACGUAUUCAAACGCCUCUGCAUCAGAGUGCUGCUAUUCUUUCACAUGAACAGACUCUACUCGUGUAGCAUUUUUAAGGCCGAGGAGAACAAGAAGAUUGUUACCCGAUCGUUCGAGGCCAAGUUCCUGGGAAGUGGCAAAAAGGGCAGCGGCCAAGCGGAGGAAAAUCUAUGCGGAGAUGGCGAAGCGACGGAACAACCCCUUGACAAUCCGACCGACGAACUGCCCACCCAGCCAGAGGGCGAAUCAGCGGAAGCGGCACAACAUGGCCAAGUGCGCAAAGGGGACAGUCCAGACCAGGCAAGUCAUGUAACACAAAAGAAGGAGGAACCCUCAAAGGACAACUCAUUGUUCCUUCCAAUCAAUAACCGACGAAGCAGAACGAUAAGUGAUUCACAAAGAGGUAGUUAUCAACAUAACGUGGAUGAUGUGAUGAGUGAUUUUUCCAAUCAGAGUGUCUACACAACUGAUGCAAGCGACCUAUCAUGUAGUACAACCCCCAGGAACAUAUGCGAUGUUUUCGGCGGGGUGCUAUUCCUGGAUGGCCAGAGUAACUCCGACGAGGAAAAUGACCCAAGUGAUUCAUACGGACAAAACCAAAACGGUCAACUCAGCCCCCGUUUUAUGACCCAAAAGAGAAACAGCGACAAUUGUGUCUACUACAAACUUAAUGAAGGAUUCGCAAAGAGAAAAAGCAUAAUGAAAAAUAUUUCUAAAGUUAAUGAAAUGAAAAAAAAGCUACUGAGGCAACAUUUAAACUCCCUCAAAUUAUCCUUCCCUGAAUACAGCGGUCUAAUAAGAAUGUCUCUCAUCCUUAUCUGCAUCUACAUUUUUUCCUUUGUCGACACCUCUAGGAUUUAUCAUUACAUAAGAGCUCAGCCUUUUAUGAAAUUAUACGUUGUGUUGAAUAUGCUUGAAAUUUUGGAGCGAUUGCUCAGAUCGUUAGGGAUGGACCUCAUAGAUAAUAUGAUUCGAACUUUCAUCAGAAUUAUUAACUUACGAUCCUAUGUGUACAUUGUUAGGAACCAUUAUACGAGUAAAGAGAACGAACGAGAGGCAGGGGGAAUGCCCGGAAUGACGGAACACAACCCAGGUCGGGCUCCGCAAGGUAGCAAAAAGACAACCUUCCUAGCAUCUUCGCCCACAACUGCCACCACAAGCACAACUGCAGCCACCUAUGGGGGAUCCCCGACCCAAGCGGAACACUUCCCAGACAACAAAUCGCCAACCCCGAAACAUCUAAUCCCAUGUGAGGCACCCCAGAAGGAUGACCAACUGACGAACAAACCAACAGGCAUUUGCCAAAUUAGCAACAGUACACAAAACGCGGAAAAGUGUAGAAAUAAAAUUACUACCACCACCAGGCAUAACCAAAACCAGAAGCAGAAUCAGCUCAAUCCAAACGAACGAGAAAAAAACAAAAUUGAUGGUCUCAAAAAUAAUAACAAGGAUGACCAAAUGAACAAGCAAUUUAAAAUACCCAUCUUCUACCCCUUCUAUAGUAUACUCAUUAAAUUUAUUGUGCAGUACAUUCUUGUUCUCACUUAUAUCUUAACACACGCCUUUGCACACCUCGUACGAUUCCUCUCGCUGAACAUUGCGAUCAAUUCCUCGGAGUCGACCAUGUUUCUCAUCCUAGUGAUGAGUAACUUCACAGAAAUCAAGUCAACAGUCUUCAAAAAAUUCUCCAAAAUUUCCCUAUUCACAAUUGUUGCUUCAGAUGCAGUCGAGCGCUUCUACCUCUUCAUCGAUGCCUUCCUCGUGUUGCUAAAAAUGUCCACUGCGUACAGAACGCAGAAUUCGUUUUUUAGCAUUUCCAGCUGGCUCAUAAUUAUUCUGCUCCUCGAGGUCGGCGUCGACUGGUGCAAGCACUCCUACUUGCUCAAGUAUAACAAAUUGGACUCGGACUCCCUCAACAAAUACUUCCACACCCUCCUGGCCGACGUCCUAAUUUCCAGAAUCCCCAACAACAACAUCUACUACAUGAACACCUCCUCCUUCGAAGUGCCCUGCAAAAACAUGUUCUGCUUUUCGCACAUCCCCACGCGAAGGCUUGGUUACAUAUCCAUGCCGGUUGUGACUCUCAUCGUGUGUUCCCUCCCAAGAUUAAACUAUUUGUACAACAUCUCUCACUUAUCCUUUGCUUUGUCCAUCUGGGUUUGCCUUUUCCUUUUCAAGAUCAUCCUGUCAGUUAUGAUUGUGUCCUACACGAUAUCCCAAAAGAAGCAUCUUAAAAACCUUGGGAAGCCAUAUGACGAUAUUAGUGCCAUGUGA